AUGGCGGAUUUGUUGUUUUGCCGGGUCGGGGAAGCUUACCCGCAAGCUCGCGAACGCCGCUUUCGCUUGUUUAACGGAAGCCUUGAUGACUUUCUCAACGACAAAGAGGUCAAAUCGAGGUUCCGCUUUCGGAAAGACACAAUUGAGUGUAUAACACAGUUUUUGAGGGAGGAAUUAAGCCGGGAUACGCGACGAAAUCAAGCACUUGCUCCAAUAGUCCAAGUUCUUGUCGCACUACGCUUUUACGCUUCGGGGAGUUUUUUGCAAAUCAUAGGCGAUACAUUUGGCCUUCCAAAGUCUACCGUUUCCCGUUGCGUCUCAGAUGUGACAAGAGCGCUUGUUAGCAAAGCUGACCGCUUCAUCAAAUGGCCUUCGCGAGAGAGGCAAAGGGAGAUAAAGCAGGCAUUUUACGACAAGCACGGCUUCCCUGGAGUUAUCGGCUGUAUUGACGGGACUCAUGUAAAGCUCCAGGCCCCGACAAAUUAUGAGAACGAUUAUGUCAAUCGGAAGGGCAGCACAGCAUUAACGUGCAAGCCGUGUGUGACAACAAAGAAUACGCUGGAAAGGGAGCACACAAGGAUAGAUGAGGGGUACUUGUUAGGGGACAGUGGGUAUCCAUGCCGCCCCUUCCUCAUGACACCCUAUCCUAACCCAGCCAACCAGCAUCAGGAAGACUUCAAUGAAGCCCAUUCAAAAACAAGGGUUAAAAUUGAACAAUGCUUUGGCCUAUUCAAGAGGCGGUUCCACCUUAUGCACGGUGAGGUCAGAAUGAAGCCCGAGAAAGUCAGCCAGUUAUUAGGAGCUUGUGCUGUAUUGCAUAAUAUCGCAAUCUUGAGAAAUGACAUAUAUGAUGGCCCAGCAGCUGGACCUGAUGAUGAGCCAGAUCUGAAUGUGUAUCAGGGCCCUGAGGAUGGAAAGAUCAUUAGAGACUUUAUUUCAAACUCCAAUUUUUAA